UAAAGAAAGUAAGAAACCAUAUCUUUUCUUUAUUUCGACGUUACAUAGUUGUUGAAUCUUCAUCAAUGGCGACAAAGUUUGGAAAAGACGAGGAUGCUGAGGUCGAGCUUGAGCUAUGUCUUUCUCUGGGAGGUCCUUUAAAGAAAGCAACCAAAGCUCAACCGAUAGAAUGUUGUCCGGACGGUAAUUCUAACGCCGUCAUCAGAUGGGCCAAGGAUAUUGACGUUGAUCUUAAUGUCGAGACGAGGAAGAAGCGGGAAGCGAAGCAGCAGAGAAGCGGAGGAGGAGGAGAGUGCAAGAGGAUCAAAACAGAAGUUACUAACGGCGUGGAUUUGGGUUUGAGCUUCAGUAAUUUGGGUAACGGGUACGGGUCGGGUCAAUAUAAGGAAAACAGCAAAGACGUUACAAUCGGGUCACCCAUUGGCAGCACGUCGGACGUUUACGAUCCCUGCCAAGAAGGUGGAAGUUGCGAACUCGGGGUAAGUUCUAACCGAAGAAAACCGGUUAAUUCUCCGGUUAAUAAUAACAUUCUAACCUAUAAAGAGGAAAGAGCGUGGAGCAUGGACGGUCCAAAUGAUGCGGUGGUAGAGGAGACGCAACAAUGUUCCAAUUCUAUAACCAAAGAAGCUGGAAAGCCUCCAAAACCACGUCCCAACAGCAACGGGGUUAACGGCAGUUUACUUCCGUUUGCUAAAAUGCCGUGCGUGACUAGCACCGGUAACGGACCCGAUGGGAAAACUGUAAAUGGGUUUCUGUAUCGGUACUCAAAAUCAGAGAUUAGUAUAAUCUGCGUCUGUCACGGAACUUCAUUCUCGCCAGCUGAGUUCAUCAUCCACGCCGGUGGGACCAAUGUCUCACAUCCGUUAAGACAUAUAACUGUUGUUCCUUCAACGUUCUAGAACUUUUAUUUUUCUCUUGUUCUUCUUACCUCACGGUUUGUGUAUAUGUUUAGCUGAUGGGACUUUUUGAGUUCAAAGGGAUUCUUUAUUGGUAAUCUUAGUGUAUGGCACCGUUUUCAGUUCAAUUCUUGUCAUGGAGAAUAGGGGCUGGGCACAAAUACCCAUUACCCGCUUUACUUGCCCUUUAAAUACAAGUACUCGUUUUAAUCAAGGCAAGUAACAAGUUAAGAAUUUUAAAUACUUGCAAGUGCAAAUCAAGUAACAAGGCUUAAAAUUAUUUUAGGUAUUUGACUCGUUUCGACCCGCUACUUGAUUUUCAAAAUAUAUUGUAACAUUUACAUUAUUAUUUCAUUUACUUUAAUAUUUAUUUAAUAUCAAACAUGUGGGAUUAAAUAUUUUUUUCUUUUUUUUCAAAUUUUACGCUAUAUUAUCUUACAUUGGUGUAGCAUAAGAAUCAGAAAAAAAAUUUAGUAUAAAUAUAGACAAUCACCUAACCAUAAAAUCAUUGAAACAUAAUUUAUAUU